AUGGGUGCUGAGAACGUCACUUCAGAAACAGGGUUCAUCCUCUUGGGACUCACCUCUCAUCGUAAUCAACGCAUUGUGCUUUUUGUGGUCUUCCUAAUAAUGUAUUUGCUCACAGUUUUGGGUAACCUGCUAAUUAUCCUAUUGGUGCACAUGGAUGCCCAAUUGCACACACCUAUGUACUUCUUUCUCAGUCACCUUGCAAGCUUGGACAUAGCGUAUGUCACUAGCUCUUUGCCUCAGACUUUAGCCCACCUCUUGGGUGGAAAAGGAGUGGUUUCCUUGAAAGGUUGCAUCUUACAGGGAGGUAGUGCUCUGAGCUUGGGUUGUACUGAAUGCUUGCUGUUGGGUGUAAUGGCUUAUGAUCGCUACUUGGCCAUCUGCAACCCCUUGAGAUAUGCCUCUGCCAUGAACAGAAAGCACCAACAUCUGCUUGCCAUCUCCUGCUGGAUCAUAGGCUGCCUCGUCUCAAUGGUCACUAUUGUUUGCAUCUUUCGUCAUUCCUUCUGUGGUCCCAAUCACAUUAACCACUUUUUCUGCGAGUUGCGUUUUUUGCUAGCUCUUGCAUGUGAUGAUGUAAACCGCACCAGAGACAUACUUAAUGGCUUAUCAGUAGUUGUAGUUCUAGUUCCCUUUUCAGUUAUAUUGUGUUCUUAUUGUUGCAUCCUGCAUUCAAUUUUUCAAAUGCAGUCAGUUGCAGGACGUUAUAAGGUUUUCUCCACCUGUGGCUCCCAUCUUGUUGUGGUCACCUUGUUCUAUGGUACCAUCAUGUCUAUAUACAUAAGACCCCAUUCAAGCUCAUCUCCUGAUAAGAACAAAAAGGUUGCAAUUUUGUAUCUUGUGAUUACUCCCCUGCUUAACCCCAUCAUUUACACUUUGCGGAAUAAGGAUAUCCACAGGGCUGUGAUCAAGGUGUUGAAAAGAAGGAACUUUGAAGAAAAACCAUGAAGAUUCUUAUCUUGUUGAAUUCAUCUCUUUUGACUAUUCCUGAAAUUCACUAUCAAUAUGUCACUAAAAUAAGUCAGCUUUUAUGUCUGAAAAGAUUUCUAAAACAUCAGACAUGAUUAUCAACUGACUGGAAUGCAAUUUAACUCUGAUUCCUCUACCUUUGUUCAAAGAAAAAAAUAAAAAUCUAUGAAA